CAGUAGUCGGUAGUCAGUACUCAGUAUUUUAUUGUUCCUCAACCCACACCUAAAACUCGCGUUCUGAUGUCGCGAUCACAAGACCUUAGACAUUUAAUAUCUACCAGGUGUUGGCUGGUGAAAGUAUGACGAGAGAUUUUUUAGAAGGUUGCAGCAGCGUGAGAAACAUUCCUCUUUGACACCGAGCAAAGCUGGACGUUAUAUUUUAAAAAAUAUUUAAAAUCUUAUAUUGGAUUUACGACAAAUACUAAAAUGAGUUCACCAAAGUCUAAAGAUACGACUGACGAUGCUGGGAUCACUGAUAUUGCAGCUAAAACCAAGAACUGGGUCCAAUUUGAGGAAGAACCAGCUCCUAAAUUAUCGCAAGACACUACAGUACCUGCUACUAUUAAACCUGAGACAGUAACAGUCAGCAUUGAUAAGAUUGUCAAGGAAGCUGAAGAAAAAGAUAUCGCUGCUCCCUCGGCUAGUAUUCCUACCGGCGUUCCUGGUAAUUCAAAUAAAAAAAACGAGUACAGCGGAGCUGUGAUAGCAACCGAAUCCGUCCAAAUAAAUUUAGAUAGAUCAGGACUGAGCAGGUCGAUGUCCAAUGAAAGUCCUGAAGCAAACGUGCCGUCAGAUGUUAAAGUUUCAGACCCUAAGAGUGCAUCUCUGAAAACCAUCGACCUUCGAGACACUUCCAAUGGUCGCAGUGCUAAUGUAAAUAAUGUUAUCAACACACCGAUCGGCAACAUAAGACGAGGAUUUGCAAACGGUGACACUAUCGUAACAUUACUGCCGGUUAACACGCGGUGGCCUUGGAUUACCCCAGCUAAAUUUCGCCCUGAAUUAGUACCGGAAGAACUUAUGGCUCAAGGUCUUACGUUAACAGUAGAAGAUUACGUCCAUGUGAUGGAGUUGCUGGUCAACGAUGUGCGUUUUAAUAUGUACAAUAUUUGCUACAAACGUAUACUUGUGCUGUGGAUUUUCACAGCUUUUGUUAUUCUUCUUGGUCUAUUAUUUUCUGGUCUCGCUGGACUCACGUUAUUCGGCCUUGGGAUUAUGUGGUUGAUAUUAAAUGCAGCAGCAAUAUUUUUAUGUAUGUUUAUAAAGAUAAAACUAAACCAUAAUUUAGAAAAAUGCAUGGCUCAAGUAAACAAACAUUUAUUACGUCAUAAGAUACUUGUUGGUUUGGAUGACAGAGGAAAAAUAUCAUGUCACAAAGUUAAUUUAUGCUUCAUCUACUUCGACACGACCGACUGCGUAAAAAAAUUGCAAGAAGUUAUCGAGAGAGAGGAGCGUGAGGGCAGAGUAAUUGGAGGUGAAGAAACUAAUGACAUGCAACGACGCAGACAAGAAUUGCAACAACGAAUGGAUAUUGAUGAUACCGAUAUCGUCAUACAGGGCAGCACCACUACCAGGUUAUCACGCAAGCAGGAGCGGGCGGAGUUGCUGUUACUGAGGUACGCCUCGCGUUGGACACGUCAAUUAGUUCGGCACAGACUCGACCUGGUGGUAGACUCGCAGGAACGGAAUAGAGCUUAUGUGGGACCAGCAAUUCCUCCGCGUCACUGCGUCUCCGCCCGCUGUCCUUGUCAGUUUAUCGAGGAUCAUCUCAAAUACAAACCCCGAGGCUAUCCGCCAGGUUUUACAUGGUGUGCUUACCUUAGCGAUCCUGCUGUUAGGUUUGACCCAACAUACAGCCCAAGUCCGUAAAAUAGAGUUUAAUUAUUUUUUAUUUCAAAUAAUCGAUGCCUCGCCUUUUAUUUUAAUUAUUAAAUUAAAUUAUUCAUUUUUAAUACAUUGUUAAUUGAUAUUUUGAAAUGUAGUGUCAUAUAUUAUUAAUUUUGUCGUACAUUUAAAUAAUUACUUUAGCGUAUGCUUUGAUGUUAUUGUCAGAGUGUGAAUGAACAGCCUUGUAUGUUAAAAAAAAAAAAAACAAGACAUAUCGUACUAUAUUGUGUCGUACUACAUUUUACAUAAUACAUUAUUAUAAUUAUAAUUAUGAUUAUUAUUAAUUGUUAAAUGGUAUUAACAGUUACUUUGUAUCUGUCAAUUGUGAAAAAUAUUGUGCCUUACCUGUCUGAUCAACAGUCUGGUGAACAUUAAUUCGAUAAUUUAUUAUUAAUCCGUCCAUAUUGAAUCUGUUUAAUCAUUCCAAUCAAAUUAUGUGCAGUACAAAUUGUGUAAUUGUUAAUAAUA